AAUAAUUUAUUUGAACUCGAAAAUAAAAAAAUUGAUUUUUUAAAUUCAAAUAUUCAAAUUUUCCCACCAUUUAUUUUAAAAACUAAAAAAAUUUUUUUAAUUCCAUUUAUUUUAAUUACGUGUAAUUAAGGUGCUAUUAUUUUAAUUAUUAAUAUGUUUAUUAUUUUAUUGUGUUGCAAUGACAGUUAAUUACUGAUUAACGAUUGAGUGGAGCUUGAAGCAUAAUGAAGAGCAUUUAAAUUUAGGGUGCGGUUGAUCGAAUGACCUCGAGUAUCCUGAAAGAGGACGAAGAGGACGAAGAAGCAGCGAAAGUAGACUGGAUCUACCGGUGACAAAUUUGAUGAGCAGGUGUAAUUGUCGGUGAUGGACAAUGAACAACCGCAUCAGGAGCUGGUCAAGUGUGUCGUUGUGGGUGACACAGCAGUUGGCAAGACCAGGCUGAUAUGUGCCCGUGCCUGCAACAAACACGUAUCGCUAUCGCAAUUGCUCACCACCCACGUACCCACGGUCUGGGCCAUCGACCAGUACCGAAUUUACAAGGACGUCCUUGAGCGCUCCUGGGAGGUCGUUGACAAUGUAAACGUAUCACUCAGACUAUGGGACACCUUUGGAGAUCAUGAAAAAGAUCGAAGAUUUGCUUAUGGAAGGUCUGACGUUGUACUGCUAUGCUUCUCCAUAACAAAUCCCGUGUCUUUACGGAACUGCAAGUUGAUGUGGUAUCCAGAAAUUCGACGGUUCUGCCCUCAGACUCCUGUCCUGUUGGUUGGUUGCAAAAAUGACCUGAGAUAUAUGUAUCGCGAUGAGACAUACCUCAGUUACUUUCGUGACCGCAGUCCAUUUGUCAGAGCGACAAGAAAAAGUGAUUUAGUUAUGCCAGAUCAAGCACGUGCAGUUGCCCGUGAACUUGGAGUACAUUAUUACGAAGCAAGUGUAUUUACUUAUUACGGAGUAAAUGAAGUAUUUGAAAAUUCAAUCCGGGCGGCACUUAUUGCCCGUCGUCAGCAGCGAUUUUGGAUGACUAAUUUGAAGCGCGUACAGCGACCACUACUACAAGCACCAUUUUGUCCGCCCAAACCGAUACCACCGGAAGUACAUUUAGCAUCCAGUACCUACGAAGAAAAUAUGAAAGCACUUUGGAUGCGUCCUGUUCAUACGGAUGUCACGUUAAUUGUCGGUAGCUGUACAUUCUCGGCUCAUCGUUGUCUUCUGGCAGCCGCAUCUCCAGCUUUUCAUAGAUUAUUUUCUAUGGAACUUGUUCAUGAACUCACACCGCGCAGCUCUAGUGAGAGUAGUAUGGUCAGCACAUUUGGUGAAGCUACUGUUGGUGAUUUUAAUGAUGACACUGAAUGUCUUAUUCGUAAUGAUCAAGUAAAACCCGCAAAAGUAUGGGAACAAUUAAAACGUCGUUCAAGUUUUCAAGUAUUGCCAACAAUGGAUCAAAGAAAAGCAACUGGAGCAUCCCGUGAAUUAAAUCAUCCAGCUUUUCAAAAUAUUCGCAUUAAUCUCACGGAAAAUUCAAAUGGAAUCCAACAACCGACGACAAUAGUAACACUUUCAAAAUUAAUAACACCCCAAUCAAUGCAACAAUGUCUUCAAUUUAUCUACACCGGAAGUUUGGAUAAACGUUAUCAUGAUUUGCAAACAGCUCCAAUCGGGUUGUUACUGGAAAUACGUCAAGCUGCUGAAUUUUUGGAACUGCCCCAAUUGCUCAUGGUACUUGGUAGCAUACAAGCAAGAUCACAGUUUAUGAAUAGCGAUUUGAAUAAUCAGUAUAAACAAGUUGUGAGACAGAGAUUAGAAGACAUUUGUUUAGAACAAGGUUUAUUUGCUGACGUAAUGUUUGAGCUUGAUGACGGCAAUAUGUCAGCACAUCGUGCAAUAUUAACAACAAGAUGUGAUAUGAUGAAAGCAAUGUUUUCCGGCGACUAUCGUGAAAGUAGCGCUAAAGUUAUCGUGUUUCCUGGUGUACGUGAAUAUACAUUUCAUAAAUUUCUUUGUUAUUUGUAUACCGACCAAGUGCCACCGAUAUCAUCAGCACGUUGUCUAAAUCUUUUAGAAUUAGCAAACAGACUUUGUUUACCGCGAUUAAUUAAUUUAGUUGAGAGUAGAGUAAUCGAAGAUUUAGAAAGAUUAUCACAAAAUGAUGGUAAUGAAGCUGUCGAAAGUUGCUUACGUUUAUUAGAACCUUGUAAGCUUCACAAUGCUAACCAACUAGCCGAUUGGUGUAUGAAUCAUUUGUGUGUUAAUUAUAAUAAACUUUGUAAAAUGUCACCGCGAAGUGUACGGUUACUACAUCCAGAUAAUCAAGAGUAUUUGAAUGAACAUCGCUGGCCACCUGUUUGGUAUUUGAAAGACUACGACUACUAUCAAAAAUGUUUAGCCGAAUUGGACAAAGAAAACAAACCGACGUUGAAACGUAACCGGAAUCAAUCAGGAUGUCUCUGUUUCGCGGGUUCAAGCAAAACUUCCCGAAAAGAAGAAACCGGUGGCGGAAGAUCGGGUGCAUCUGGUGGUGAUGCUAAUGCAGAACGGCCGUUAUUCGAAGCAUCAACAAAUGAAUCUGGUGAGGUUGUAUGACAUGAGCUACGCGGCUCAGGCCGCCGUUCAAUCAGAUUUAUUCUGAUGCCUAUGCUCAUAAUAUUCAUCUGCACUAUUUUUACUAUUUUGAUACUGCUACAGAUUUAUACUUAAGCCGUGUAAUAAAUAUAUACAUACAUACAUAUAUCGUAAUAAAUAUAUACAAUUAAUAAAGUAGCUUUAGAUAAGACACUAUUAAUUACGGAAUGAAUUUUUUAAAUUAAACGGAACACGUUUGCGAAUGUGAUUAAACUUAAUUUCAUUUUUUAUGUACAUUACACUUUUUAUUCAAUUUUUUUUUUUUAAUAAUAAUUAUAUUAUUUUUAAAAUAUAAAUAUAUAUACAUAUUUUUAUUCAAUUAACGAUUGCUUAGUAAUGCACAAUGCAAAGUAAUUUUAUUAUUUUUUUUUUUUUAAUUAAUCAGAAACGUAUGAAAUGUAAGAGUCCGAAUAGUAAAUUAAUAUUAAAAUUAAUAAUAAUGAAUUUCCGCUAAUGAUCUAGUCAAAUGCUCCGAAUUAAUGCAGUUAAAAAAAACAAUAAAUUUAAAUGUCCAAUAAAAGUUUAUUUUUACCGCAAUUAUUGCAAUAGAAAAUGAUGAUAAUAAAUUACAUAUUGUAAGGAUAUAAAAGAAGAAAUAGAUGACAGGAAAAGAGUAUUAGUUGGGAAUCGUUAACGUCCUCUUCCGCAGUGAAAAUAAUCGAUUAGGCUGGAACUGUCGAGAUUUAUUAUAAAAUUACACUCGAUAAUUAGAUGAGACUGGGUAGUAAAUAUUCAAAUAAUUAGGAAAGUGGUUUAAUUAAUAACAAUUAGCUUCGUAAUUUGAUACAUUAAUAGCUAUUAAUUAUUAAUAUAGUUGGUAGUAUACUUUUUUAAUUACUUUAUUAUACUUUCAAAUAAACAUUCUCUUAAAUAUUGCUUCCACUUUUUUUUUAAAUGGCUACAAAAAUAAUUAAAUGAACUUGGUCCCUUUGUAAAAAGCAUAUCAGUCUUUAAAACGAUUUUUUGUGAUUUAAUGCGUUUUUUAGUUGGCAAUAAUAAUUAUGUUUAUCUAAAUAAUAAAUUGUUAAUUAUUGAGAAAUUUUAAAAUUUUAAAACGGACUGAGUAAAAUUAUUUACUUCUUGUAAAAAUUUGAGUGAAAAAAUUUUUAUCAAAUUUUUGGUCAUAAAAUUACAUUGAAAUUUUUGAAUUUUGAAUCCUUAUAUAAAUAAAAAUAAUUGUAAUUAAGUUUUUAUGCCUCAAAAAUAUUGAGCAGUUGCAUUUCGAAAAAUUUGAAAGUUUAAAUUAAAUUUUGCUUAGCGCUAUUUUGUAAUGACUAGGGACAAGAUCUUUGCCUUAUUUUUUAAAUGAAUAGUUCAAAUUUUUGAUAUUACGGGGAAAAUAUCGGUCUUAGUAAAAAAGGUUUUGAACAAAAGUUGUAGGAAAUUUAAUUUUAUUAAAAAAAUGUCUCUUAUGAUUUUUUUAUACGAUCACUAUUUUCACCGUAGUUCCAAAAUUAAGAUUCAUAGUGAACGAUUUAAAAUUUGAGAAAUUAUGAAAAUCUUAAUUUUGAAAUUACGGCUUUCUUAUUAAUC